GAGGCUUGAGCACUGGUGGCAGACACUAGCAGGGAGGUCCACGUCGUGUUGUCGUGCACCUUAUUACUGGCCCAGGACCAGCACCAGGGCCUCCACCCCGGCACUACACCACCAGUACCAGCACCAGUCACGCCAGCCGUCCUCCACCCUGGCAGGAACACUAGGGCACGUCCCUGGACACGUCUCACUAAAGACAAGGUAGUGCUCGAGUUCAGCUACUUCAUAUUGACAUAUAAUUCAAGACCGUGUGAAUAUUAGUCAUGGAUCUGUGGUUGGUGUGGUCAUGCAUUUUGCUGACUAUGGCUGCCAUAGCCUCUUGUGUGAAGGACUUCUACGAGGUGCUUGAAGUGAAAAGGGAUGCAAGCGAAAAAGAAAUAAAGAAAGCCUUUCGUAAGCUGGCCAUUCAGUACCAUCCUGAUAAAAACAAGGAAAAGGGUGCAGAGGCAAAAUUCAGAGAGAUUGCAGAAGCUUAUGAAGUUCUCUCUGAUGAAGAUAAACGAAGAGAGUAUGAUAUGGUGGGUCAUGCUCACUACACAAAGCAGACCGGAGGAGAACGACCCGCUGAUCAUACCUUCCACUUCAACUUUGACGACCUCUUUGCUGACUUUGACAACUUUCCCGGCUUUGGCGGAAGCUUUGCUAGAGACAUCGAUGAUGGCUUUAUGGACAUGGAGGACUUCUUUGGUGGUAGUUUUGGUGGUCACCACUUUGGCUCCCAUGAUUCAUUCUUUGGGGGUGGACACUUCCAGCAUGCUGACCACAUGAGGAGACAUCAAGAGGCUCAUCAGCGGGCGCACCAGCAGCAUCGUUUUCAUAAUCAACAACCGCCACCACCACCACCGGACUUGAAUCAAGCCAAUUUUGCUCAUAGUGGCGCUACUGGUGGGAGGACGUGCAGAACGGUUACACAAAGGGUUGGCAACAUGGUUACUUCAUACACCACGUGCAGCUAAAUAUUCAAUUUUAUUAUGGUUUGAAUCGGAAACCACAUCACGAAUAUUGGAAUAGUCUUACCAGUUGGUGUAACCCAGUAGUAGCUGUGGUGCAAUACUAUAGGGGGUGGCCUAAUUUGGUCAUAUCACAGUAUACCGUGUAAUUGUAUAGUUUUGGGUGAUCAGUAUAGUCAUGCCAGGGUAUUCAGCAUUAGUUGGUAAAAAUUUUGAUUUUGGGCACUUGAAGCUAGAAUUAUUUUCACCGAUAUUGGAAAUGAACACUUCCAUCAAACUCAUUGUUGCUGGUAUUAAUACAUUUUAAAUUGUAUGUAACAUAAACAUUUUCAUUAUUAGUAGUCAGUGGAUAGGUAAACAUACAGGUAAUGUCUGUAAUGAAGCAAAGACAGUAUACGAGCUUACUUCUAAUAAUGAUUUUUUGAACAAGUCUUAUUAUUGUGCUGUGCAGAGGUUUCGAUACAACUUAGAGAUGUGCUUUACACAUCAAAACUUAGUUUUCAUGUGUAAAGUUGAUUGUUUUUUCCACAAUAUUGAUAAUAGCAUGCAAAGUACUGUAUACAUAGUGCUCUUGCAUCAGUGUGGUUAUUGUGCAUUCCGCUUCAUGUGAAGUGGGGAAAUAUAAUUUAUUGCCCUAGUAACUAAGAGAUAAUUCAACUUUUUAAUAGUGGAACACACAAUUUCCAUUUUGUGCAAUAGUUGGGCAGAUACUCUGAUAAAUGAUAUAAAAUGUCAGUUUGUAAUAACUCUGGAACUAGUCACUAGGUUAGUUUAAGAUGUAAGAAAAAACAUUUCUUUUGAGAUACUUGCUUUUUGAAUAAUAUUAAACCCAUGUUGGAUGAAAUUUCAUUUUCUAAUCUUUCAUCGUGCUUUAUAUAUUUAUGCUUGUACAUGUUUUCAUUUUGUGAGUUAUCAUACAUCAUGAUUAUUAAAAUAAAUACUGUAUUUUGGUUACUGUAAACAAAGUGAUGGUAAUGUAUGGGCAACCACUUUGAUGAUGUAGCCUUUAUUGUUACUACCUCCAAAAUGCAUGCUAAAGUCAGAUGGAGGGUUUCUCUUGACCAAAACUGGAAAUAUUACUAGGAAAGUUAUGACUCGGUGUGAUGAAUAUGGUGUAUAAAAUUUGGUGAUGGAUUUGUUUGGUGUCCUGUCUGUGAUAUAUCAUCUUUGUAUAGUAUCCUUUGUGGAAUUGAGGGUUUGAAUAUAUGCAGAAACUUUGUAUAUACUGUACUGUAUUGAAAAUAUAAAAUAUAUUAUUUUCAUAUAAAUGUAUUC